GUCGCAGCGUCAUUUCCGGUGGGGAGGGGUCGGUCUGCGCAGAGGAAGCAGUGGCUGUGAGGCCUGUGACAGACAGCCACCGCAAUACGACGGGUGUUCGGGAAAACAUUUGAGAAACGGGAACGAACUGAGCCUCGUAUAUUGCUCCGAUUUUUGCAUGCAGUAGAAUUGGGGAUGUACGCUUUUAUGGAAGGAAACGAUUAGUUUCCGCUUUAUUUUAUCUGUUUUUUUAUAGUCCAGAAGUUGUGUCACCGCGGCAGACCCUUGCAGAACAAUAUCGAUAAUUUCGACGAUUUGAAUUUUAAACUGUUUUAUCAGCUUCGGCAUCGUCGCCGUCAUCGUCGUGAUUGGCACCAUUAGCACCGACGGUCCUGUCGCUGUGUGUGCCACCGGCCCGUCGUGCCUGGUGUUAUGAGGGGCUGCUGCUAAACAGGCCUGCAGUGACGCGCAGAUUAUGAGGCGCAGUCUUUGGAAGCUGAAGUAGCUGCAGAUACGCGUUUGAAGUCCGUGGUCGCGGACAUGGCAUCAGAAGAGGCUUCUCUGCGGGCCUUGGAGAGCCUCAUGACUGAAUUCUUUCAUUGUUGCACCACUAAUGAGCGCAAGCGGGAGAUAGAAGAGCUGCUGAAUAAUUUUGCUCAGCAAAUAGGAGCUUGGAGAUACUGUCUGUAUUUCCUCUCCAAUACACACAAUGAGUAUGUUAUGAUGUACAGUCUGACGGUGUUUGAGAACCUGGUCAAUAAGAUGUGGGUAGGGGUGCCCUCCCAGGACCGCAUGGAGAUCCGCGGCUGCCUGCCCAAGUUGCUGCUCUCGGAGCACAAGGCCCUACCCUACUUCAUACGAAACAAGCUGUGCAAAGUCAUCGUGGACAUUGGCAGGCAGGACUGGCCGAUGUUCUACCAUGACUUCUUCACCAAUACGCUACAGCUCAUCCAGGCCCCUGCGAUGGCCCCCCUGGGCUUGGUUCUGCUGAAGACCACGUCAGAGGAGCUGGCAUGUCCACGGGAGGACCUGAGCGUGGCCCGUAAGGAGGAGCUGCGGAAGCUGCUGCUGGAGCAGGUGCCCACUGUGCUGACCCUGCUCACAGGGAUUCUGCAGACGAUCUGGGACAAGAACAGUGUUAUUGCCGCCACACCACCACCCUCCCCCACGUCAGGAGACACUGGAGAGCUGCUGGGUAGUUUGCUCCAGGAACCCUACUGCACCAAACAGCUGUCUCAGCCUGUGCCUCGCUUGGAUCAGGACAGCCUUCAGCUCUGCUCGCUAGCUCUGGAGUGCCUAGCCCAUCUCUUCAGCUGGAUCCCCUUGUCUGCCAGCAUCACGCCAUCACUGUUGGCCACCAUCUUCCACUUUGCUCGUUUUGGCUGCGACUUGCGCCCCAACACAGAUCUCAAGAUCAAGUCUGGGCCUGCUGUCUAUUCUUCCUCUUCCUCCUCUAAUGGGCCAAGUACCACGUCAUCCGGGCAGAUCAACGGCAGCUCAAUUCGUGACGGGGACCCAGGGGACCAGGCAAGACUGGGAGUGCUGGCCAUGACCUGCGUCAAUGAACUAAUGUCCAAGAACUGCGUGCCCCUGGACUUCGAGGAGUACCUGCUGCGCAUGUUCCAGCAAACCUUCUUCUUGCUCCAGAAGUUGACACGGGAGAACAAUGCCCACACUGUACGGAGCCGCCUGGAAGAGCUCGAUGAGAGCUAUGUGGAGAAGUUCACAGACUUCCUGCGGCUCUUUGUCAGCGUCCACCUGAGGCGGAUCGAGUCCAAUACCCAGUUCCCAAUUGUGGAGUUUCUGGAGUUGCUCUUUAAAUACACCUUUCACCAGCCCACACAUGAAGGAUAUUUAUCCUGCCUUGAUAUCUGGACUGUUUUUUUGGAUUACCUGACCACGAAGAUAAGGAGUAGGCUACCUGACAGAGAGAGCGUGUUGAACAGGUAUAAAGACGCCUUGGUCUUGUUGCUGAGGGAGGUUCUGCAUCGUGUGCAGUUUCGAUACAGCCAAGCACAGUUGGAGGAGCUUGACGAUGAGACGCUAGAUGAUGACCAACAGACCGAGUGGCAGCGGUACUUGCGGCAGAGUCUAGAGGUGGUUGCCAAGGUGAUGGAGUUACUGCCCUCGCAUGCGUUCUCAACCCUGUUCCCGCUACUGCAGGAAAACUUGGAUGUGUACCUGGGGCUGCGGCAGUUCAUCAUCACCACCAGCACAGGCCGGAGGUUGAAUAUCACAGCAGAGAAUGACUGCCGGCGUUUGCACUGCGCCCUGCGUGACCUGAGCUCCCUGCUGCAGGCCGUGGGCCGCCUGGCCGAGUACUUCAUCGGAGAUGUUUUUGCCAAUCGCUUCAGCGACGCCCUCACGGUGGUGGAAAGGCUGGUGGAGGUGACCUGCUACGGUUCCCAGGUCAGCCUGUACGACGUGGAGACCGCCGUGCCAUCUGUGCUCAAGCCCGACCUCAUUGACGUGCACGCCCAGGCACUAGCUGCCUUUCAGGCGUAUUGUCAUUGGCUCGCACAGUUCUACAGCGAGGUCCAGAGGCAGAAUCAAAGCCGAUUCGUCAGCCUCAUCACCUCGGCCAUGGAUGCCAGUGCUCCUUUGAUCAGUGCCAAGGUCCCGGAGAAGCUGUUGCUGUCGGCGUGCCAUCUUAUGGUCUCCGUCGCCACCACUGUAAGGCCCGUGUUCCUCGUGACCAUUCCUGCAGUGCAAGACAUCUUUGAUCUGGUGACAGUCAGCCAUGCUCGCAGGCUCCCCCAAGAGGCCCAGGUGCUCGUGUGCCGAGCCUUGUCCAACAUGCUGCUUCUCCCUUGGCCCAACCUGCCCGAGAACGAGCAGCAGUGGGCCACACGCUCCACCAACCACGCCAGCCUGCUUGCCACCCUCACCCGCAACUACCGCCUGCUCCGGGGCACCACCAACCUGCAGCAGCGGCGCCUAGAAGAGAUGAAAGGAGACGUCCAGCAGACAUUGAAGAUCCUGAGGGACAUCGUGGAGAGCAUCUCAGGAGAGUCCACCAAGUCUCGCCAGAUAUGCUACCAGUCUCUGCAGGAGUCAGUGCAGGUGUCUCUCAGCCUCUUCCCCAUAUUCAUCCACCAAUCAGAUGUGACAGACGACAUGCUGAGCUUCUUCCUCACUCUCAUCCAAGGCCUGAGGGUGCAGAUGGGAGUGCCAUUUACAGAGCAGAUCAUUCAGACCUUCCUGAACAUGUUUACCAGAGAACAGCUUGCAGCCAGUAUACUGCAGGAGGGAAGUGCAGGAGGACGGGUGGUCGAGAAGUUUCUGAAGAUCCUGCAGGUGGUGGUUCAGGAGCCUGGCCAGGCCUUUAAGCCGUUCCUGCCCAGCAUCAUCUGCCUGUGCUUGGAGCAGGUCUACCCAAUUGUGGCUGAGCGCUCUUCCCCGGAUGUGAAGGCAGAGAUGUUUGAGCUGCUCUACCAGGUCUUGCACCACAACUGGAGGCAUUUCUUUAAGAGCUCCGUGCUGGCCAGUGUGCAAAGGGGCGUCUCUGAGGAGCCCAUGGAGAAUGAGGCGCAGUUCAUCACGGCCAUGCAGGCUUUUGGUCAGUCCUUCCUGCAACCGGACAUUCAUAUAUUCAAGCAGAAUCUGUCUUAUCUGGAGUCUCUCAACAGCAAGCACAAGCUGUACCACAAGAAACUCUUCCGUACCUCCAUGUUGUUCCACUUCAUCAACGUGCUGCUUCAAGUGUUGGUGCACAAGGGCCACGAUCUACUGCAAGAUGAGAUCGUGUUAGCCGUCUACAACAUGGCCUCUGUGGACUUUGACAGCUUUUAUUCAGCCUUCAUGCCCGAGUUCCUCAGUAGCUGCCAAGGUGUCGAUGCCAAUCAGCGCAGUGUUCUUGGGCGCAACUUCAAGCUGGAGCGAGACCUGCCCUCAUUUACCCAAAGUGUCCACAGGCUCGUCAAUGACCUGCGCUACUACAGGCUGUGUAAUGGCAGUUUGCCUCCAGGGACCGUCAAGCUAUAGCAGCCUUAGACUCUGUGCCAUGGACACUGUCCCAGUCCUGCUGUAAACCAACACCUUCAGCGUAUCCUUACAUCCUGUUGGACUUCGGGCUCAGUGCUUUUGCUUCUAUUUUUAUUCUUCCUUGAGGUGUCCAUUGCGAGUUCUUACGCAGCCAAACGGAAGACUGUCGUGGUUUAUUAUGUGGCCACAGAGCGUAAGGCUCAGUUUCAAUCAUGUAUUUUUUUUUCUGCAGUCUGUCUCCAAAGGAGACACUUUCAGGCUGAAAAUUAAUAUCAUUCCAUUCAGAUUCAUAAGAAACCAUGCUUAAUGAAUAAAGUGCUUUGAGUAUACAGACUAGUUUUGUAAACGGAUGCAUCAGAGAAAUUCACCAGUUCAUUUGUUCAGUUUGUUGUUAAUUUGCCUUUUGUCUUUAAGGUUUGUAUUAUGAUUGUGAUUUCAGACUUCAUGGUUUAUUUGAAUGUUUCUCUUUUAAUCGGCUAUGUUUGUACAGGUCACUUUUCGUACAUUAAAGAUGUUUUAUUAAAAAUCGAA